CCAGCUUUAGAUGCUUUGUGGGCAGUGAUGAAGGAUAUUAGACCACUGCUGAACUGUCUCCCAGAAGGGCUCAUCUUGCAGCAACGUCACCGUGUUUUUGACCAAAUUAUUGAAUGCUCCUUGCUGCGACCGUUUACCCCCUCUGAUUGGGCGAUCUUUCGCAGAUAUAGCUCUCGUAUCUUGGAGCUAGGCACCGUCCCAUCCGACAAUGUGAGCGAUCGCGACUUUCGGAAAGAGUUUGGUUUCAGUGAGGAGCUCUUGCGUGCUCUGACCCGCCCACUCGCCCCAGAACCCCUUUUCCCAAGGUUGCGGAGCUUGAAGUGGUGCAACUUUUGGACAAAGGGAUUUGACUUUGUGAAGGUGAUACUUGGUCCGUCCAUCACGAGUUUGGUCAUCCGUCCUCCUUCGUCCGAAAAACAUAACGUGGACAUCCUCGCCAUGCUAAGCACUGCGUGCCCCUGCAUCAAAACAUUCGAAUGGAAGCACUCCAAUCAUUCUGAACCCUCUAUGGAAGAAGUUGAUGUAGUGUCUCGCCUCGUCUGCUCUUGGCACGAACUCGAGGAAGUGAUAUGCUGGGCACUAAACUCAACUGCAAUACAGCACCUCGCAUCUCUACCGUCCCUGCGUAAACUGUCCUUCAGGCCACAUGGCAUAUCCUUUCCCGUACUUUCCUCGCCUACAUUCCCAUUCGUCAAGGUCCUCGAUAUCGCCAGUCCGUAUCAUCAGUCCCUUUCUGUGGUUGCAGCAUUUAUCGGCCAGUGUCGGUCGUCCCCUACCAGUCUCAUUGCCAGGGGCGAUAAAGCGACCACCAUAUCCAUGCAGGAGUUACUGACGGCUCUCUUGGAACAGCUCGACAAGUCCCGUUUGAGCGAUCUCCACAUACAGGAAACAGACUCUGAAACCGAAAUACCACUCAAACUAUCCUCCUUCAAGCUCGCAUUCCAAUUCUGCAGCCUUUCUACUGUCCGCAUCGACAGCGGCCGGGCUGUUGAACUCGACGACGAAGCUCUUCUAGAGAUGGCCGAUGCUUGGCCGAACAUCAUCACAUUAGAAAUCAACGACAGGCGCGGGUGGAAGCCACAGUCAGACGUGUCACUGUAUGGCCUGAGAGCGAUGCUUCAGCGCCUCCCUGUCCUGCAGAAGCUAUCCAUUGCUGUCGAUACCGUGCUGCUGAGGAGAUCCCGCAUAAUCGAAGAUGAUCGGUACGGGCAAUUCAGAGUCACAAGACCAUUCGAUAUCCACGUCGAGGACUCGUGGGUGUACGAGGACGACGUCGCAGAGGUCGCCGCUUUCUUCUCGGACCUUUUCCCGGAAAUGAACGACCCGGGCAGUUUCUCUUACUUCGCCUUCGCUAAGGAUAUACUCGAUGAGAUUGAACCAGCAGAUGAAGUCCGCGCCGUGAGGGCAAGAUGGAAUAUUGUCGUGCAGACUAUCCUCACCAUGAACCGCAUUAGGAGGCGAGAGCUGGGUCUCAUCGCUGGAGUGUCAAUUGACCCCUGUUGCAUUAAUGGCACGGGAGCGUUGCAUGCAACUAGAGCCUAG